AUGAAUUCAUUUGACCAUAUGAAUCUGUUUCCUCCUGGGACGACCCGGACUGAUGCGUUGAGAACUUCAUCAGACCCCCAAGGGCCGGGCCCUUAUAAUAUUUCGAGCAGCAGCACCAACAGCACAGCUCCUAACCCCCCUCUUCGCAGGGAUGAUACAGAGCCGAUCACAGUAUCUAAACAAUGGCCGACUUUGUCUCGGUCGGCGGCCGCAGUGGUCAAACCCGACACUGAGAGAACACCCGGACCACACAAGGCAACCAGCGCUGUUGCAGGUCGGCCAUCUCUUUUCUGGGUCCAUACAAGUCCAAAAUCUAUUUCUAAUGGCACCAAGCCCGAGGACCUGAAACGUAUCCGCUCCCAUGUCAUGUCAGAGCAUAAUCGGAAAAAAAGAAUAACUAGCACAAAAUCACAUAAAUGUCGAUCAUGGAGACGUGUAGCUUUCCAACCCCCGGAGACCGAUCACGAAUCUGCCCAGGUCCAGGUCCGGCCCAAGGCUGAGCUUCAUGCAGCUCAAGCAUGUAUGCGAGAGCACUCAACUGACCGCCAAGGCCAGGAAGAUGUAGUAAUUUGUUCGGUGUCGUCCCCCAUUCCCCGGAGCAUGGGGCUACAAUCGGCCAUAGAUCCGUUCAAUACCUCUCAUACUCCUCUUACCGAUCGCAUGAUGCGGCAUCUACAGCAUUUCUUAGUGGACCUUUCCCAAGACGGCGUCCCGUUCCAGAACCGCCGGCUCGACACGAUCAAAAGACAUUGGGGUGAAUUGAUCCAAAACAAUGAGGCCUGUCUUCAUGCCUGUAUCUGUGUUGCUUCCUCGGAUGUAGCCUUACGAACUAGUGAACUGCCCCUCAAGAGUUCCAGCAACAUACGAUUAAGUCCUCUGCUGCUCGACACCUUUCAUCACCGGGGAGAAACAAUCCGGCUGGUCAAUAGUGGUCUCUCGGACCCUCUCAGGGCAGCCAGUGAUGGUUUGAUUGCGUCUGUAUCCAUGCUGCUAACGAUCGAGAUUGCCACGGGUACCCCCGCCUAUCUGAAGAUGCACCUAGCUGGGCUACGACAAAUGGUCGCACUGCGCAAAAGUUUCGUAGACGUUCCAUAUCCCGUACGAUAUCAAAUUUCAUGGACAGAUAUACGCGUCGCAUGCAUGGCCUAUACCAAACCCAUAUUUCCCCCGGUCCGCAAUACUCGCCCUCAAGGAUAUCCUAUCUUGCCACCCACUACUCAACUCGCCCUUCUCGCGUCGUCUUUACUACAACCGUCACAAUUGCCUGAUGCGUUAAUUGGGCCGCAACUCUCCGAGAUCAUCUUUGAUCUGGUGCAGCUCACCUGGUAUGCCGAGGCGAUCCGGGCCGCUGAUUACCAGAACUACGACGAACAGACCGAAGAUUAUUUUAACGGGGAGGUCUUGUAUAUUGAAUACAUGCUCCUCAGCGACCGUUAUAGCCAGACCGGGACUGUCAAAGAAGAUGCAUCGAUCGAAGGAUGCAUACGGCUCGCCUGCCUCCUCUUCCACAACAGCAGCAUCUGGGCGUUCUACCCCGCCAAUGCUGGCGUCUUCCCACAGCCCAUCAUUGCCUUGCGCACAGCCCUGGAAGGAGUUCUAGCCACGGGAGCAUUUUCCGCCUAUCCGGAUCUUCUGGUGUGGAUUUUGGUCAUGGGCGCCUGUAGUUGCAAUGCUGCUCUGGCCCGCGAACGCACGUUUUUUGUCCAGACCCUCGCGCGGGUGGUGCAACUGCACGCGAUCACGUCGUGGAAGGAGCUCCGUGCCCGCCUCAUGCCGUACUUCUAUCUCGACCGAUGUUAUCUGGCUUCCUUGCAGCUUUUGUGGGAUGAGCUCUUGGCAGCACUUGUCCAAUAAUCAAAUUUUCGAGCGCGAUAGACAUCCGACUAUCAGUGCCGACUAACCGACAAGCCCAGGAAAACACAGAUUUCACCCUCCCAACCUUUUAAGCUAUUACGGACGCCAGUG